AUGGUGUUCCAUCAAAUCAUUCAUUUGACAACCAGACAGAGCCAGCAGGCCUUGCUGCUGAUGACCAUGGGGGAAGACAAGCCAAGUCCUCAGAAGCCUUCAAGAGUAAGACCAGGAGCCAGUUCACCCAAUGUACAAUCUACAUGUGUCGGGGAGGACGUCAGCGUUCUGGGCUCCGACCUGAGGUUAGCGCCAUUCGGUGCAGGGAGGAGGGUUUGCCCAGGGAAGGCCAUGGGAUUAGCUACUGUUCAUCUUUGGCUGGCUCAGCUGCUUCAGAGCUACAAAUGGGUGCCAACAGAGGGUGGUGUGGAUCUGUCGGAGUGCUUGAAGAUGUCACUUGAGAUGGAGAAGCCUUUGGCCUGCAAAGCUGUUCCAAGGUGGUGA